AUGGAUUGUCUCACUAUUACAUUGUUCGUAGAUAAAUACAAAGAUGAAGCGGUUUACAUAGGGCAACUGCUAGUAGGGUUCACGAUAAGUUGGACAGGACCUAUUUUUCUGAAAAUUCGUGAUCCUGCUCUAUCGCCGUUGUCAUAUUUACCAACAGAAACAGAGCUAUCUCUAAUUGCAUCUCUGUUAUACGUUGGAGGUAUUCCUGGUCCUUUUAUAACGAGUUGGUUAUCAAAUGUACAUGGCAGGAAACCUUGCAUAAUAAUGGGAGGCGUAGUGUGUUGCUUGGCGUACAGUGUGCUAGUGUGGGCUCAAAGUUUAGCCAUGUUAUACUGUGCCAGAUUAUUAGCAGGUUUAGCAAUAGGUAUAAUUGCUGUGAUGAACCUAGUACAUAUCGGUGAAAUAGCAUCUUCAAAUAUCAGGGGUAUACUUUUAACGAUUAUUGGCAUAUUUACAACAUGUGGAUCUAUACUGGUGUUUGCUGUUGGACCGUACUUUUCAUAUAAAAUAGCAACGUCUGUUGGCUUGGCUUUAAGUCUAGCGUUCACACUACUUACUUUAUUUAUACCAGAAUCACCAAUAUUUUUUGUAUUAAAAGAUAAUGUUGAUGAAGUUAGAAAAACAUUAAACGAUUUAGGCAGAGAAGGUGACAUAGAAAACAUAUUGGAGACCAAGAACAACUUUACGAAUAAAACGACUAAAAAAGAUUGGGUUGAACUUAUAACACUGAGAAGUAAUAAGAGAGCAAUGUUCAUCGUGUUCACAUUGAACAUUUUGCAACACUGUAGUGGCAUUUUUGCUAUAUUAGCAUACUCUGGAUCAAUAUUUGCAAUGUCUGGAUCAUCAAUAAGCCCGAACAUAUCUAUGUUGAUAAUUGGCUUAUUUCAAGUAACUGGAAGCGCAUCAGCACCGUUUUUUGUUGAAAGAAAUGGGAGGAAAAUGCUAUUAUUUUUAUCUUGUGUUGCAUGUUUUCUGAGUAUGUUAUUACUUGGAGUUUACUUUUAUUUGGAUCACAUACAAUAUGCUGCAUUGAAAAAUGUAAAAUGGUUGCCGCUUCUUAUUCUCAUUGUAUUUGUUAUUGGAUAUGAUGCUGGUUUAAGUGUUAUUCCAAAUGUCCUCGUCGGUGAGAUGUUUACAACCAAUGUGAGAAGUAAAGGUUCAGCCGUAGCUGUGUCUUUGUCGUGGUUGUCAGGUUUUCUGGUGACGAUUGCUUUUGGAGCAAUAACAGAUAAUAUCGGCAUAUACGCAGCGUUCUGGUUUUUCUCUUGCACUAGUUUUAUCGCGUGUUUGUUUACAGUAUUUUUUGUCCCGGAAACAAAAGGAAAGAGUUUGCUAGAGGUUCAAGAGAUAUUAGAAAAUAAAUAAAUGUACAAACUA